ACAAUCACUGAUCAGGAUGACAUUGAUGCGGCUUAAUGAGCUAGAAAUAUUAACUUUUUUCCUGCGACAAAUUAAAUUCUAAAACAUUUUUUGUAUAUAUUGGAAAAAUAAAUAAAGGCGUUUGACGUAUUUGUAGGUAAAAAUUAUUUCCGAUUUAGUGUAAAUGGGUAUUAAAUUGACUAAAAUGCAGCAUUCUCUCCGAAGCAGUUAUGUCUUAUGUAAACAAUGCACGCGCCAUUCAGCCAAUGAUUCACACCGCGUGCUGUGACAGCACGUGUUAAGGCAGUCAUCUAUGACAGAGAUAUUAAUUCUCUGUGAAACAGAUUGUAUAAGUGGAAGCUGAAAUGACUUGAACGAAAAUAUCUCGAAGAUACGAGAACGUAGGACCUAGUACCAAAAAAAAUGACGUGUUUGUUUUUGGGAGCAGGUCUUUUCAUCACAAAACCGUUUCACAAAUUUACAUGUAUUGUGUCAUCACACUAAUAUAGGGUUGUUUCUAGAUAACAAAUCUUACCUCUCAACCCUCCGUGUUUCGAGAUAAGAUAUGAUGCCAUUAACUCCAGUGUAGCACAUGCGGGAGCGAUUCGCACCCGGCAUUUGUAAACAAAAUUGACAAUAUUUUUAAUCAAAACAACAAUUGAUUAUUGUUAUUUAUAAUAUUUCUGCCACAUCCAACUUCAAUUUAGCAUAUAAUCCUACCUGAAACAGUGAAACAGGUGCAAAUCGUUGUUUUUAAAAUCGAGGCGUUAAGCCGUUACUAAGACCGCCAUCUUUUUAAACGAUACGCCCUCAUCAUGAAGGCGAGGCUAAAUAUAAGGCUUUUAUAACAGCCAAUCAAAAGGGCAAUCUAAAGCAUUUUAACUAUGAAUGGAUUUCAAUGGCGGUUAAUGUCAGACAAAAACAACGCUUCAUUAAUUUAAACGCAAAUAUUUGGAGUUAGGCGACAGUUGUACCACUACAUUGGCCUCUAAAAUACAGAAAGUCAGACUCAUGUACGGUGUAAAAGCUUCAUUCAUUUGUAUAUCUAUAGAAAUGUAAGAACUGAGACGAACACUACAAGAAGAUAUGAGUCAUGGCUCCAACAGUCCUACUUUACCAUUGGAUCUGUCAAAAACCAAUUCAAGAUCAUAUAUUGAUAGUACCGUAGCUUCCAUAUAUGGAAGUUCUCAUGGUUCAUUUAGGAAUAAUUCAGUUCUUCAAGACCAUGUUGUACAGACCAAUACAAAUAUUUUUCAGUAUCCUAAUUUUUACUAUCAGGACUCUGAUUCUUUCAUUAUUUCAAGUCCAAUUCCAGACAGAAAAUCUGAAUUGAAUUACCAGGCUGACACAUUCACAUGGAUACUUAAUCAACCUAGUCCUGAUCCUGAUACAGAGAAGACACCUUAUUACCCGGAUAACCAGGAUUUAAUUUGUUCACCAAUACCUACAUCUAAAGAUAAUAGCAUUAAAUUUGAUCCUUAUUAUUCUCCCGAAACUCCAUCUUCAAAUGAUGUUGAGCAGAAACAGGUCACAUAUCCAAACAGUAAUUUUGUAGAACAAAAUGUUCCAAAAACCCAUGAUUAUGAUCAUGCUGAACAAUAUAAUCCUGCUAUACCUAAAAUUGGUGCCGCCAUUACAGUUGCAGAUGGAUGCAGACAAAAUACAGAUUUUUUUUGUCUUCAAAGUAAACAGUGUAAAAGAAUAGAUACCAUUACUUCGGUCAUUGAUGAAAAUGAGUGGGAUAAAACAUCAAAUGUGUUUGAUAUUAAUAUGAAAUUAGGCGGUUGUGACACAAAACCCCUUUCACCUACCUAUAGCACUACAGAAAGUUCUGACAGAAGUUCGUGUAGUGCUGGAAGUUCAGGACUAAAAGACUUAUUGCUCUUGCCUACAUCAUACACAGAACUUUCCAUAUUUCAGAAAAAGUACUUUCCAACCAACGACUAUGCUGAGAACACUCAUCUUAAUAGACGAAUUAAUAACAAAUUAGCAACAUCCACAAGUGUUUCUGCUCCCCUAAAACCCUAUAAUUCUCCUGCCAAGACUGUUGAUUCCCCUCCUAACGCUGUUGAUUCCCCUUCUAAAGCUGUUAAUUCUCCUCCCAAAGCUGUUAAUUCGACCUGUUGUGUAAAAACUGACGAAAAUAUUAAAGUGGAGAAAUUUGACGUUAAUGAAUCUGUUCUUUCAUCAGACUGUGUGUCAUUUCCAACCGAGGAAGUUAAACCUGAUAUCAAAUUCCAUCCGAAUUCUUUGAUUAAAUUUGAAAAGAAUUCAACUGUAUGUGAAGUAUGUGAUGAUAAAGCAGCAGGAUUUUACUGUGGUGCCUUUAUUUGUGAAGCUUGCAAGAAAUUUUUCUUGCGAGCGGCUAAAUUACAAAGAGUGUCUUACAUGUGCCUCAAGGAAAGGAACUGUAAAAUUACGAAGGAAAAUAGAGUACAGUGUCAGUAUUGUAGAUAUAUGAAGUGCGUCUCUCUUAAAAUGUUUUGUCCUGGUGACAAUCCAGAUAAAACAGAAAAAUCGAAUUUGCCUUGUCAAGUAUGCAGUGCUGCUUCUUCUGGUUUUCAUUUUGGUGCCAUUACAUGUGAAGGUUGUAAGGGAUUUUUUCGUCGAAUGGCUAGAGAAAGAAUCUCAAAUGCCUAUAUAUGUUCAAGGCAAAGAAAGUGUAGAGUAACCAAGGCGACAAGAAAUAGUUGUAAAGCUUGCCGCUAUCAAAGGUGUAUUGAAGCUGGCAUGUCUGUAACAUGUUGCCGAAUUGGCAGGCAGCCUAAUGCUGUAAAACAUGCUCUAUCAAUAGCCAUAAAAGAUCAAAGUUUUCAGACUUCUUCAGCAGAUAGUUAUCCAUCUGCAUCUACUUCGGAAGAAACUAACACAGAGGUCAGGUCUGAUGAAAACAUAGUGGUUCCUGAUUCAACUUCUGAAUCAAGUAAGAAAGCCAUAUCAACUACAGAUCUGCUGUCUGAUGGUUACUCAGUACAACAAAGUCCCCCUAGGGAAAUCUCCUUAAGUCCAUCUCAAAUCAAAUGUAUAGAAGCUGACUGCUACAUUAUUAUUGAUGAAAUAAAAAUGGCAGCUAAACAUUUACUACCUAUUAUUACACAUAGAAAAGGUCCUUCAAGUACUGAAGUGAGAGAUAUAUUUAAAGACCAUAAAACAACAUGGAAUUUCCUGAUGUCAUAUUUCGAAUUUGAUUCAAACUGUGUGAUCAGAUUCUCAAAAAAGAUUCCUGGAUUCCGAACCUUCAGUAUGAAGACACAAGUUUCGAUGAUCCAGUUAUCAUGCUAUCCUAUUGUUUUACUACUAGUAGCAACCAAAGAUCAUGAUUGGUCCUCAAAAUUCAACUUUUUAAACAUUCUGCCGGAAGAACACCAGCAACUUCUGUCAUUUUUCCCGCCUUUAGAAACGGUUGAUCAACAUCUUCUUCAUAUUGGAACGAUAGUGAAUUCGUUAAGUCUUGAUUAUACAGAAGUCUGUCUCAUGACAGCUUUAUUACUGACUGAUGAAGAAAAUGUACCAGCUGAAGAAAGAGUUCAGAUGGGCCAAAUACAGGAAAAAAUAACUGAGUGUUUGAGAAUAUAUGAAGAAGAUUCGUAUGAUAAUGGAGCUGUACGAUAUGGUGUUAUAUUGUUACGACUUGGUGAAUUUUCUCUUGCAAGUCUGCAGUAUGGGCAGACUUUGGUUGGACUAACAGCAAUGUACCCAGAUUUAGAAUAUCCUCAGAUAUUUCAAGAAAUGUUGGUCAUGUGAGAGAUCUGUUAUUAUAGAUUAGGUACCUUAAAUAAACUGUAAUACUUAUGAAUCCUCUUGGUUCAGGGGUAUAUAUUCUUGCUAGUGAUCCAAGAAAAAAAAGUACAGUUACGAAGAAAAAUGUACCGCCUUAGAAAUUGAUAACUGGUUACCCAUAAGAUCAAUGGUCUUUAUUUUCCUCCUACCUAUACCUAUUUAUUUUUUGUUGUGAAGUUGGGUGGCCAAAUGGUUGAAAGUGUGGGCGUUGAAUCAUAUGGUCUGCCAUGCAGUGCAUCAUUUGUGGGGAAUACACUUCCCGAAAAUAUCCAACAAUAUUAUUUUGUGUCAGUGUUUAAAUCCAAAGUGCAAACCUGUUUUUUUUAGACAAUAUCAUUAACACUCCAAAGUGAGAACAUUUUCUAGUGCAUUCCCUAGUGUAUUGAACAGUUGCGCGAUACAAAUAUCAUUACUAUUAUUAUUAUUAUUAUUGUGUCAAGUGGCAUGGUUUCGAUUCCCUGCUUUUAUGCCUGAAGGUCCUGUAUUCAAUGUGUUGGCCAAGAAAGUUCAUCAAGAUUUUCAAGCCUGGCAAGACACAAUGUAUAGUUGUUUGGGUGGAACGAAAAAACCUAGGUCAUGUGUACACAUUGGCGUGCACGUAAAAGAUCCCCUGGCAGUCAGAUUUCAAUGUAAGAGUAAGCGGUAGCGCUGCUGUCAUAUAUGGAAUGAACAAUGAUAUUAGAAUUGUGGAUGGUUUCAAAUGGCAGUUAUAUAUAUUUGACUCAAACAUUUUAAACAUACAUUAUGCCCGGUCUGCCUAUUGCAGGUCUUUGUUUAGGCCUGAAAUGUUAUAUAAACUAUUAAUUAGACAUUUAUUAACAAAACAAGUACAUAAUCAACUCUUGAUGGCAUCGGAUACUUGAGAUUUUAACUAGAUUAAUUUAAUUUAAAAAUGGGAAAUCGAGGCCAAGUCUCGAAUAUACCUGUACCCUGGUUACCACAAUGCACACAUCUUGUCAAACUAAAAACAGUGAUAAUUUGGCACAGAAUUAAAUAAUUUGAAUGAAAUUUUCAAUAUUUUCAUUUUACAUUAUCUAUUUUUGAGCUAUUAUAGAAAGAAUGGUCAGCUCUUUAUCUUAAUUUUGCAUAAUGUAUCUUUAAUGUACAUCUAUAUUGUUGUUACCACUGUCCAUCCUUCCGUCUACAGAAAGCACUAGAUUCAACAGUUAUCCAAUUUCAAAUUUUCAAUGAUCUUGGAUUGAUAUGAAUUUGAUUAUAAUUCUACCAUUAUCUCAGAGUUAUCAGUCGUGAAAAUAUGUUGAAAUUAUUUCUUGACAUAUCUUAGGCAUGUUUUUCUUGGAAUUAUUUUUUUCACACUUGAGCAGACGUUCAUUGAGGCACAAGGCAAUGAAUGAAAUCCUAAGAAAUCCUCAUUUUUCAAUUGCAUAUCUGAAGACAUUGAAAAUUUGUGAAUAUGAAACUAGACAGAAAUAAUAACUCUUUGCCUUUCAAGUAUAUUAAGGGGAAAUUAUACCACUGUGAUGAAUCGUAUCAAACUUUAAAUUUUUCCCAUUAAAUGAUACUGUAUGUAUACAUUCAAACCAGUUCUAACAUAUUAUCAUUUACAAAUAGCUAUAUUUGACCUGACUGUAUAAUGUUGGACCUGUAUAUUUUGUAAAUAUAAAGAUAGGGAUUCAAACUUUGAUUCUUUCACACCAAACCUUGAAGCCUACAGUAUUCUAGUGCUUUACCGACUGAGCGAUAUCCUCAUCUAUAUAAAGGAUGGUUCACUAAAGGGAAAAGGCAGACGACUGUGGGUGGGGAUAUUGCACAGUGGGUAUAGAGCUAAACGGCUGUAGACUACACACGUUGAUGCAGUAGGUCAGGAGUUUAAAUCCCAUCGAUGGCAAACACAAAGUCUUUCUCUAAAUUAAAUUUCUAUACUUUGAUGUCAUAUCUCAUUGUUUUUGUACAUAUAUAUAUAUAUAUAUAUAUAUAUAUAUAUAUAUAUAUAGAAUACACUUUGUUAUAGCCUUGUGGAGAAGGUAUUGCUCUUUAAUCUUGACAACCAGAUAAGGUCGGUGACCUGGAUUCAUCAUUUAGCUCUAUAGGAAUACCUUGCAAGCUACAAAAUUGUGAUUGUUUAAUUUCUAUUAGAAAUAUCAGUCCACAACUGGUUCCAUCCCAUUCAGUAUUUACAAAGUUAUGAUAAAUUGAAAUUUCAUUGAUCUAUGCUGCCUCAAGCGUAACAAGACACCCUCAUCUUUUAUUCCUAGCAGAGAAACUUGAUUGGCCUAAUUCAAAUCCGAUCGAAUCCAAUGAUAAAUAAUCAAUCUGAGUACAUAUUCAGCUUGUAUUAUUUUAGCGAAAAGGCAAUGAUGCAUCAAGCCUUUAAAAUUUCUACAAAAAUAGGUUUUAUGGUCAAAGCAUGGACGACUAAGCUGCAUCACCACUCACUAGAAGUAGGCAACCAGAGAUAUUUCAAUCCAAUAAUCGUUUCUGGUUUUCAGAAUUAAAAGCGCACCGUGCAUUGACUAGGGCUAUAUAACGCAAGAAUAAUUUAUUGAAAAGCGCCUUAUGUUGAAUAAUGACAUAGUCAUCCCUGUGUGUUAAAGACGCAUUUGUAGGCCUUAUUUUUAUUAUCACAGGAUAAUAUUUGGCUCAAAUAUCUCUUAUUACAAGUUUUGUAAUAUAAGUAGUAAAAUGUAUAUAGAAUAUUUAUAAUGUAAAUAGCUCUUUUAAUAAUAACAUAUAUUACCAUUAAAUUAAUUGUUAUAUCUAUAAUAAUUGUUAUAUGUUUUAUAUAUUUUAUUAAUUGUUGAUUUCCUAGUUAUUUUAUUGUAUAGAUGCUGGUGAUAACCGUAAAUUGUGAUCAGUACAAAAUACCUGUCGGCAUAAUUGUUAAAUUUAAAUGAAAGUUUGGGGUAGUUCUGCGUCAUUGAAAAAGUAAUUGGUAACCCCCCACCCUUGAUUUUCCUGCUCAAUUUGGCUGACUUAGCUGAUAUUCCAAAUUUAUUUCAGCUUGAUUAGAGUUACUGUUCCUGGGAUAUGGUCCAUUGAAAAUUGGUCUAAUUAUGAAUCCUUGUUGAAUUGACCUUCUAGCAAUUCCCAUUUUAGCAAUCUUGACAAAUCAGUUUUUGAGCAAUGGGCAUUUGAAUUAGCAAAUAAACCAGAUUGCAGCAAAAUCAAAGGGGCAUGGUUUAAGGCAGUUUAACCCAUUGGGUGAUUUGACAAGGAAUGACCCUUUUAUCCAAAAUUACUACAACGCUUCUAUCAUCUUUUACUGUCAAUGAAAUCUUUAUAAAUCUAUUUAAUGACAAUUAAACAAAUGUUUAAUAUGAUAUAUUUUGUGAUAUUUCUAUUGUGAUGAUUGGACUUCAGUGUCUUUAUAUGUUUCCUUCAAAAUCUUUUUAUCUAGAUAGUAACUUGACCAAACAUCAGUGGAAAUAUACAAGUAAUAAUUGUUUACUACGGGUUUUAUUCAAAUAUUAAAAGCUGGGGAUCACAGAAGAUUAAUAACAGUGUAAGGAUAACAAAGGGCUGCUAGUGGUAAUGCCACCAUCAUGUUGUUUCGAAUGAAUGAAGUUGCAGACGAAAGCUGUGGACAUGUUUGGCUGAAUUAUUUGACGUUGAAUUCUGUCUUCGGCCGAAUGGGUGGAAACACUAGGUGAAUCCUUCGCCCAGUUCACCAGUUGAUUGCAUCACCUUUCACGUCACAUGAUUAAACAUGGCCGAGACCAUGUCUUCAAACAAUCACGUAACUUCUCGAAAUGAGUGGUGAUUGGAUAAUGAAUUCUACAAUCGGGCGAAUUCUUCGGCGAAGCAGACACAUUAGGCAAAUAAUCAAACAUGUUUGAUUCGGGCGAAUCAUUCAGCUAGUGUGUGUCCACCGUUUUAUACUGGAAGAAACCAAGCGUGCAAGCUAUGAGGGAAGAGAUGUGCAAAAUACUUUGGGGUUUAUACUUUGAGAUUAUAUUUCAUCUUGCCUUAAUUCACUUCUUUUAUAUAAAAUCUACAUGUUGUAAUGAUUUAUUUGUAGUAAAUUAACAGUUAUAUGAUGUUCA